AGCCAUGUAUCGACUUGCGAGAGCUUCGAUUACUUCCAAUCUGUUACGAUGGCCUCAGCAACACCGCUGCUUCAGUAUCACAGCAGCUAGCCUUUCUCCAAUUCGCCCGAAAGGUGCCUCGCCUGCUGAACGUCUCCGUAACAAGAUUCUUGCAGCGCCGAAGGCGGCAGCGGCUAAGGCACGGGAAGUUUCUAAGGACAGAAAACGGCCUCAUCCGAGCAUGCUGCCUGCAGCGAGGAAGGGGCGAUCUGGUGCGGCAAAGUCCGAGAGGAGUGGUAGAUUCGAGCGCAAGGACAGACCGGCCAGGACAUACGCCAAAGAUGGGAAAGAGGGAGGUUCGGAUAGGGAGGGAGCCAGAGAGAGGAGAAGCUUUGACAAGGCAUUCAGCAGGGACGGAGACCGACCCAGGAGAACGUUCGACGAAGGAUCCAGCAGAGACCGACCCAGAGCGCCAAAGAAGUUUGCAGUAACGAGAGACUCCACUGUUCUCACAGAUUCCUAUUUUCUCAGUGAACGUGUCCAGAGACUCCUCAAGAAUGGCCGUGAGCAGGACGCUAUUAACCUGAUCCGCAUGGCUACGAAUGAGACAUCGUGUACAGUGUCAUGGAACCUCAUCCUGCAGGAAUGUCUGAAGAAAGGCGCGGUAACUGCUGCUUUCAAGUAUUUCAACGAGAUGAAGAAGAGAGCACACCACCCCGAUUCAUACACCUACACCAUCCUCUUCAACGGUCUUGCGGAAAAUGCUCAUGUCUCAUCGGUGCCCGAGUACUUGAGCAAACUCUGGUUUUCUCUCACCGCCCCGAAAUCACCGGUGAGACUGAACACCAUUCACGCCAAUGCAGCGCUCAAAGUCGCUGUUAAAGCAAAUAAUUUGACAAUGGCUUGGGAGAUUCUCGACAAACUUCCUACUGAAGGAGCAGCGAAGCCUGAUGCACUCACGUACACAUCCCUGUUCACUUUGGUGGCGAAUAAAGAUGGUGAGGAUAAGAUGAAAGAAAUUGAAGAACUUAAGGGAGUAUGGGAGCAGAUGUUCUCGGCAUGGAAAGCCGGCGACGAAGAAGCCGAGAUGUCAGAGACGUUCAUCGCCGCAUACUGUCGCAUGCUCACAUCCGGAGGAAAGAAGGAUGACUGUGAGGAGGUAUUCAAAGUGUUCGAGCAAACAUUCGGCAUCAAGAACCUAAACAGAACGGCAACAGCAGUCGUCGAACAGCCCAGAAAACUUGUGAAGAUCGGCAACAACGGAUUGUCAGUGAUCCUCGAAACCUGCUCCCAGAUCGGCCAGAAACGCCUUGGUAUCAACUACUUUGACCUCAUCAGAGACCAUGGCGUGAAGCCCGACCUCGUCAACUACCAUGCCCUUUUCCGACUUUACGUACAAUCGCGUGCAGCGGAGGACGCUGAUGCGGUUCUGGCCGGUAUGAGAAGAGAAGGCGUACGGCCAGACAAGAAGAUCUUGUUCUUGGCUUUGCAGGCAUGUAGACGUGACGGCACCGAGCGUGGAUUCGAAAUUGCAACCAACAUUAUGAAUCGUUGCCCGAGUUGGAAUAUCUUCCCCGACGCACAGCUCUAUUUGACGUACUUGAAGUGUGCGGAUGUGACCAAGUCGCCCAAGUCCUUGGCUACGGCAGUUAUCAAGGCGCAGGACAUGGAUUUGAGGGGAAUGGCUACCAAUGGCAAGCGUGAAGGGGACAAAGCGAGGAUGGGAGAGGCAUUGAGGGUGAACAUCAGUUUGGUGGAUCAACUGCUUUUUGCAGCGAAGCAGGAAGAAAAUCCGGUUGAUCUUGCGUCUCUUAACCUUUCUGAGGAGAAACUGACGCAGAUGAAGUCCGCGUUGAUGAAGACUGAGACGUUGUUACCAGAAUCUAAGAAGCCAAAGGAAUUUGUCGCUGUCGCAGAUACCGAAAUGGACCUGGACGGUGCCGUCACACCCACCGUACCCACCGAGGAUGUCACCGCAGGCCCAUCAGAAACGCUGAAGAACAAACCAGCUCACGCACUGAAGCCGUGGGAACGUGAGAAGUUGCGUCUCCAGGAGAAGGCUGAGCGUCUCAAGGAAAAGAUCAGAAUGCAGCAAGAGAUUGCGGAGUUGAAGAAGAAAUCACAUGAGUUGAAGGAUCAGUCACGUGAGGUGCAGCGUAGGAGACAGCCUGGUGGGUAUGUUCAAGAUUCGAUGAGAUGGAACAAGGCUGGUGUGGAUUUCAGGGAUGCGAGGGAGGGUGGGAAGCCUUGGGAGAACCGCGAUCGAAGAGACGGUGGGGAGCGUCGGAACUAUCGUGACCGAAGGGAUGACGGAGGGCGUAGGAACGGUUGGGAACAGAGGUCCUCCCAGGAUCGCGAUAACCGGAGACCUCGUCGUGAGCGUCCGGAAAAACAGGAGUCAGGGGAAUCUGAGGAUUAA